CCGCCGCUAGGUGGGGGGGGGAGCCCGGCCCCGGCCGCCCCGGCCGCACAACAAUGACUUUGGGCAGCAGCGGCGGCGGCGGCUGCGGGAUCAUGUCCGAGCGCUCCCCGGAGGAAGAGCCGCUCUCCGAGGUGGAGGACGCGGAUAUCGACGUGGUGGGCCCGCCCCAGGAUGGGGGCAAGUACAGCGAGGAGGAGGAGGACGAGGACGAGGAGGAGGAGGACGAGGAGGACGGCGGCGAUCCGCUGGGGCUGGCGCUGCCGCGGAGCGGGGCCGCCAAGGCGCGCAUGGGGGGGUCCCCGGAGCGGCUGUCCCCCGCCGGCGGCUCGGAGCCGGCCUGCGCCCGCGGCGCCGCGCCCGGGGAGAAGGCGCCCGCGGGCGGCGGCGGUGGCGGCGGCGCGGGAGGGAAGAACCCGCUGGUGAAGCCGCCCUACUCCUACAUCGCCCUCAUCACCAUGGCCAUCCUGCAGAGCCCCAAGAAGAGGCUAACGCUGAGCGAGAUCUGCGAGUUCAUCAGCGGGCGCUUCCCGUACUACCGGGAGAAGUUCCCCGCCUGGCAGAACAGCAUCCGCCACAACCUCUCCCUCAACGACUGCUUCGUCAAGAUCCCCCGGGAGCCCGGCAACCCGGGCAAGGGCAACUACUGGACGCUGGACCCCGAGUCCGCCGACAUGUUCGACAACGGGAGCUUCCUGCGGCGGAGGAAGCGCUUCAAGCGGCAGCAGCAGCUGCACCCGCCGCACCCCGAGCUGCUGCUGCGGGCCGGGGCCGCCGACCCCGCCGCCUUCCUGCCCGGCUUCGCCUACGGACCUUACGGCUACAACUACGGCCUGCAGCUCCAGGUACCCCCACCACCACCACCACCAUCCCGGUGGCGGAGGCGGCGGCGCCGCGGCGCCUUCCCCUUCCCGGCGCCGCACUGCCCGUUACCGGCUCCGCCGCCUCCCGCUGCCGCCUCCGUCUUCUCCGCCGCCUCGGGGCUGCCCUCCUUCCUGGGCGGCGAGCUGAACUGCAGGAAGUCCUUCUACCACCCCCAGCUGAGCCCCACCGCCCUGCCCGCCGCCCUCCUCCAGACCCUCAAGCCGGACCCCUCGCCCGCCGGCGGCGGCGGCGGCGGCAGCGGCGGCACCAACCACCCCUCCCGGCCCUCUUUUUCCAUAGACAACAUCAUCGGGGGGGCCGUGCCCCCGCCGCCCAGCACCAACCCCAGCGUCGCGCCCGCCGCGCCCUACCCCGCCGGCCAGGCGGGCCCCCCGGCGCAGGUCCUGGCCGUGCUCAGCCCCGCCUUGGCCCCGGCACAGCCCCAGGUCAGCCUGGCACACGAGCCGCUCCUCCAGCCGGCCCAGAACUUUUCCAGUAAAAUCACAACCCUCAGCAGCUGUCAUUUUUAAAGUGUACUGGGGACUGGGGAAGGGGAGGGGGAUGGGGGGAGAGUCGCGAAGCAAACGGCCCCUUUCCAGCUCUCCCCCACUCCUCCGAAACUGCUCCCCUUCCCUCUCCCCGUGUCCCCCCCAUCUCCUCCUGUUGUGUUUUAAGGUAGGAAAUAUUUCCUUUUUUUUUUUUUUUUUUUUAAUUUUUACUUAAUUUCCAGGCUCAGUGGCAUCCAGAUCUGUUUGUCUCUCUUUGCUCGGAAAAAAAAAAAAAAAUUCAACAAAUCGGGAGGGCGGGAGGAGGGAAAGAAUAACACGAUUUGGUCCUACAAGCGCCAAAGCGUAUUUAUAAAGUGGCCGUAACAUAGGCUGGGACCUAGGCUGGUGGAACACGCAACGUCUUGUGAGGGGCGGAGGGGGGGGCAUGUGAAGAACGAAACUGUGUUAGGGUCGGAAAUGUUUCCUUUGAGAGGUGCGGGUUUUUCCGCGGGGGUCCCCCAGAUCGCCUGGGAAAGCGGCCAGGGGAGUUGCGGACGCCCCCGGUCGCAGCGAGCCCGUUUUCGUUCCUGCAAGUCUCUGUGCCGGGUGGUUUUGCCAUGUGUGUCUGUCUCUCCCCUGCUCUCAAAGAAAAUGUCUUAAUGGUCCGAUCUUAUUUUUAGUUUCUUUGAAGCUUCGGGUUUGGUUUUAAAAGGCACUGUUUAAGGUUUCUUUGUUUUUAAGAAGAUGAAAAGUCGGUGAAACUCAGGACUGCGGUUUCUUUUUUUUCUUUCAUUUUUUUUCCCCCAAUUAGACAUUCAAAUGCACGUUUAAAAGAAAAUCGGAUCAGUCAGGAAGUUUGGAGAAUUCCCAUACUAUUUUUUUUUAAAUCCCCGUUUUCCCACCCCCUCCGUGCGUGGGUUUUUUGGUGUAUUGGUAAUUAUUUGUAUAUAGAUUAUUUGGGAGCUAAUGAGCAGAGUCCAGUUAACUCUUCACUGGUUGUGCAUCCGUCAUAUCUAUUUUAUUGAGAGAAUCUGUGAAUAAUUUGAUGUGGAAAAGGCAACAGAAUUUUGUCCACCGUUGGUGUAAAUUAAUAAAUGUUUGUGAC